GGAUCCGUGACGUCGAACCCAAAUAAACACAAAGUAUAUGUGAAUAAUUCUGAUAUAAAAACGGUGUAUAUCAAGUGUCGAAGGAGUUGCAUGUGUAGCCGAAUAUUUAUCAGUGCUACGAACGGUCAGUGAAUUUAAAUAGCGCGGCAUUUGCGAUGUGUGUGUGUUUUGAUUAUUAGUCCUCUUUGUGGGGAUAAUCGCGAUCGGCUAGCGACCACCACGGCAGCUGUUCGACAGUUGAGCCAGCCCUUAUGAAGAGAUGGCGGCAGCUUUCUAAAUUUCAAUGAAUCAGUAAACAUGAGUGUUUCAGUUUUUGAUCGUAGAUAAAAACAAAAUAUUACUUGUAAAAGAACGCCAAGGGACUUGCGAUUGAUUUGUUGGAUUUUAUGAUUUGUUUUGUGAAUAAAUCGUGUAUCGUGUGUAUAAGGACAAAUCGUAACUCCACCGCCGCCACUGAAGAUUGCAGGUUGUGAAAAUGUCGCGGUAUCAGAAAAUUGUUUAGGACAGCAAGCGGUCAGGUGCGUAUAUUUGUGCCUGGUGACAGGAGAUGGAUGGAGUACGCGUUCCAUUACCUCAUAGAUCUGCCGGGAUUCGUGGAUAGCGAGUUAAGUAGCACGAGACAUGUCCCGAACGAGCAUACUGAAUGGAAUUCCUUAUGUCUUCAAUCACUCGAAUUCUUUUUCGCGUUUUCCGAAUUCCAAAUAAUAAUAUUAUUUUCAACGAUGAAGCAUGUUGCAUCAAGUUAAGCAUUCGUAUAAGCAAAAAACUUUUUUCAACGAAGUUUCGGAGUAUUUGACAUGACUAUAAGCAGUAAAUGGAAAAAUUCUAGUAGGAUUUUGGAUGUAAACGCUAAUCGGAUGGAUCACAUUUAUAUAUAUACAUAAUUUAACAAAAUGAUCAACUGCACAGUGGUGGCCCCAUGGAAGGCACGCUGGAAGAACCCCCUAUUAAGGACUCAUCUCAAGCCAGUCCUGAUAAGAUUCUUAAAGAUGUGAUUCCAAAUGGGAUUAAUGGAAAUUAUAAUGACAAGGAAGAAUUCAUUGAUGCGGAUACUAAUAUAUCCAAACUCGUGUCAAAAGAAAUUAGUAGUGUAGUAAAAGAAAAAAGGGAGGCAAAUGGAAAUGAAGAUGAUGAGGACAAACAUAGAAUGGAAGUUGAAAUUGAAGAAAGGGAUUUAGAACCUGAAAAUAGUGAACAGAAUGGGAUAGCACAAAGUAGAAGUAAAAGAAGUGAAAUGUCAGAAUCAGAAAAUGACUCUAAAAUGUCUAAAUCCUCAGAGGGUGUCAGUGAGAUAAACAAUUUUAGUGAAGUGUCUAAGACUGAAGAUAAGUGUAAAAACACAUCAUGUGAAUCUAUGGAAGUUGAUGAACAAAGUAAUAAUUCAGAUGUUGAAUGUCUUGAUGAAAACAUAACAGAAAUACAUUCAGAUAAUGAUGAUGUGUUCACUAUGAAAAAUUCUGCCCUUAAAGAUAAUAAAGAUUCAUCAGGCAGUAGUGAUUUACAAAUUAAUGUCAGUAGUGACAUUGCUGAUAGUAGCAUGGAUACAUCUGAUGUGAAAAUCUGUGAAGAAAAUGGAAGUUGCGAUAGUCCUGAUAUUGAAGAAAUAACUGAUAGUGCAAAAAAUGGUCACAAUAUUUCACCAGAACGUGCUAAUAAAGAUUCAAAACAAAGAAAAUCUAGAAAGCAGGUAGAUCUUAGUAGUAUUACGCCAAGAAGAAGUUCUCGUAAUAUAAAGAGGACAAGUUAUAUAGAAAAAGAAAUAGAAGAAGAAGUGGAUGAUGAUGGUUCAGAUAUUGAAGAAAUUAAACCAGAAGAUCCUUUAGCUGGUGUUGAUAGUAAAGACAAAGAAAAUUCUAAAUUAAAAUCACCAGUCAAAAAUAGUAAAACUACUAUUGUAGUUAAUGAUACUAAACGAUUAGUAGAAAUUGCUGCUGGUAGUAAAUCUGUAAAAGGAGGAAAAAAAGAACCUACUUUAGUUAUUAUAGAUACAAAUUCUAUACUCUCUGGGCGUGGUGGUGUUCCUGUGAGUAGCAGUAAACCCCAUCACACUGUUUCUAGUACUAGUUCAUUUUCAGUAGUUCCAAUGGGAAUGACAACACAAACUAUGUAUCCUAAUAUGAGGACAACAAUUACACCAGUGCCCAUGACAUCAAAAACUGCACAAUUAAGUCCUAAAACUACCAGUAUGACUACUGUAACACCAACAGUAACACCUCCUAUAUUACCUACUUUAACUGAUGAUAUGUUUGUGGUAGAAGCACCAUCUUUUAUAGUACCAUAUGUAUAUGAAAAACCACCUCUGAAACCAUUAAAAGAAUUUGUUACAAAAUUGGAAAAAUGUUUAGAAGAACAAGAAAAGGAAGAAAGAAGCCAAAGAGGCAUAGAAGAAAAUAAAAGAGAAGAAUGUGAUGAAGAUUCAUUAGAUAUGAAUCAAAAAAAUAAGGAUAAAAGUGAAGAAAGUGAAAAUGAAGGAAACUGUAAGAGUAAAAAAGAUGAAGACAGAGGUGAUAAUUCAUUAGAUAUAACUGAAUCUGGAUUUAGUAACAUAAGUGAUAAACAAGAUAUACGGCAAGAUGAUAGGAAUAAAGUACUAACAUAUUUUGAUUUACCAUUGGGAAAAUUUUUCAUGCAAAUUGGAGUGAAUCUUGUUCAAGAAUAUGUGCAAACUGAUCUUUUACGGACUCAAAAACGUAAACAGGGCAAAGGUAGCACAUCGGCUGAAACUCAAUUAGCUAUAAAUUCGCUCAUUAAGAACUUAGAAUUUAGUAAAGAAAAUAAUGAACCAUUCCAUUUAGAACUGAAAAAAUGUGAAUUCUGUAAUUUUAAAACGGAAUCAACUUUAGUCAUGCAACAUCAUUUAGAAACUCCACAUAUGCGCAAUUAUGUCUACAAGUGUAAUUUUUGUCCAAUUGAAGUGCGUAGUCCUCAUGAUAUUUUAUUCCAUAUGGAAGCAGAACAUAAUACUCGCGGGAGGUUGGAACGGGGUCCAGCUUUUCAUCAAUGUCCUAAUUGUCCAUUUGAGGAUAAUCAAAAAGGGAAAUUAACACGACAUAUACUUGCUUGUACUAAGAAAUUUAGACCAGAAAAAAAUCUUGAACCAGCUGCUGAUUGGGAACCUCCAGCAAAAAUUCCAAGAUUAAAUCGAGCAAGGCCUGUUGCACCAACUAACCCCAGUGCACUUGCAAUGGCAAUGAGUGGUAAAGGACCUCAACCACUUUUACCAAAAUUACUUCCUGCUCCAGUUACUGGUCGCGGAAGAGGACGGCCACCUAUGCAACCAAGAUAUUCAGAUUUGAAAACAUUACGACCAGGUGGUACAACAAUGCGACAAGAUAAUGUUGCAGGAAUGAUGUAUCGUCCAACAUCAUCUGGUUUGUUAGUCCCUACUUCGUAUCAAUUUGGUAGUAACCAAAUAUUUCAGGUGGUGGGUGGCUCUGGGACUGUCAUGUCGGCUGUCUCGGGAGUGAGUAGCAGUAGCGGCGGCAGUUCCGGUCAACCCACACCCAUUGCACUUGUACCCAACGUAAUCGACUCUCUCUCUAGAUUGUCCUCAUCACAGAAUACAACAACAAGUCCCAAAAAUCCUACAGCAAAAUUGUUAAAUCAACCAAGUAUAUCUAUAACUCCAUUACCACGUACAACGUCUCAAACCUCUAUUCCUGGUUCUGGAACUUCAUCAAAGUCUGGAGGAAAAACCACAUUUGUUAUAUGUGAAAUUUGCGAUGGGUAUAUUAAGGAUUUAGAACAACUACGUAAUCAUAUGCAGUGGAUUCACAAAGUUAAAAUACAUCCAAAGAUGAUUUAUAAUAGACCUCCAUUGAAUUGUCAAAAAUGUCAAUUUCGGUUUUUCACAGACCAAGGUCUGGAAAGACAUUUACUUGGAUCUCAUGGCUUAGUUACAUCUAGUAUGCAAGAAGCUGCAAACAGAGGAAAAGAUGCUGGUCGCUGUCCAGCUUGCGGCAGGGUAUAUCAAUGGAAAUUACUAAAUCAUGUUGCGCGAGAUCAUGGAAUGACAUUAAAACCAGCACAUCUAUCUUAUAAAUGUACAGUUUGCACUGCCACAUUUGGAAUGUAUAAGCAGUUUGAAAAUCAUGUAUACUCGGCGCAUAGUGUCGUAGCUAAAAGAGUAAUGGAUAAGAAGAAUACACCUUCAUCUCCAUCGUCCAGAUCCAAUGACUCCCUUCUUAAACCAUUGAAGAUCAAUGAUGAAAUUACGAUUAUUCCACAACCAGCAAAACCUACAACCAGGUCGGGUACAUCUCAAGGCAGAGGAAAAUAGCAAUGAUCAGCAGAGUGAUACAUGUGUCUUGUCUUAAUGAAUUUCACGUAAUUUUGUGGUACUCCAUACUGGUCAUUGUAAUAUACAAUGACUGACGUGCCGUGUACAUGUGUAUGCAUAUUAUGCUUAAGACGCAAUUACAACCUACAACUAAACCUACAACUCUUGGCAAAAAACUAGUUGAUUGCGUAAUAAUAUUCCAUCAAUGAUUAUACCGAUAUAUUUAUUUAAGAAUUUUUAUUGUUGUUAUCAGACAUAGAUAAAAUAGACUGUAAAAAUAUUAAAGGGUGGCCUUCAGUCUAAUUCCUUGGUUAAUCCUAGAGCUGCAUAUUCCUGACCUACACGCCUAUAAAAACCUAUAAAUAUGAAGAAUAUUUACAUUUUAUGCGACACUCACAUGUCAUACUGCGAAUCACUUUUGAAUAGUAAAUUGACUAAUAAUAUAAAUUCUUUUUCUAAGACAAAUAUAUUUGAAUUAAUUCUAUUUUGUUAUUAAUGCUAAUACGAUUACGUAGGGCAAUAAACGAUAAACUGUCCUUACUCCAUAUAUUCGAUGUGUCUACGCGUCAUGUUGCGAAGCAAUUUCUGAAUAAUAUACAAACAAAUUGUAUUAAUCAACGGGAGUGAUUAAUGACCUUAAAUAAUUUCGCAACGUUUUUUGGUGGAUAACAAGUACCAAUAAUUUUUCUAACUUUUCUUUCUAUCAAAUGUAUACUUCUUUUUCUAAUUUCGCCAUCAUACUUUUAAGCGACGAAUAUGGAAUUUAUAAUUCUCUGCUUAAUUUGUAAUAUUUCAUAAAGUUGUGUGUAUGAAGUAAGUUAUAAAAUCAAAAAUUUUUUGAAGUUGUAAAUUGUAUCUACUUCUAUAAGUUGAAAUUUUUCGUCGCAGACAUUGUAAUAAAAUAUUAAGUUUUAUUUUUGCGCUCUUAUAUAAACAAAAAUGUACAUUAACAUAGAAUAUAAUAUAAACGAUUAUAUCAAUAAAAUAGGAUGGCACGCAUAUGUGUAUACAUUUUUUCUGUUGAAACAAUCAAUUUGUCAUGGAACACCGAACUUGUUAGUAUGAACAUCACGACAUUUAAACAUAUAUAUUUAUAUAUGUAUAUAUAUAAUAUCUAGAAAAAUAUUAUAUAUAUAAAUAUGUAAAAUUAUUCUAGUAUAGUAAUAGCGAUAUAAGAAGGGACAAUUAAUUAUCUUCUUGUAAGCACUAUGGAUUUAUAAUAGACUUAUAUGAAUAUGUAGAUAGUCGAGAGAAGUAACAGAUUUAAUUUAAUAAUUUCGAUUUUUCCUUAAUAAGUUUUGUACGUUAUCGUAGGGAAUAAUUUUAGAGGAAAAAUUUGCAUUCAACAAAGAAAAUAACAUAGUGCAUUUUUACAUUGUAUGGUUGUAUUAUUUAAUUCUACUACCAUUUGCCAGCCACUUUUAUGGCAAGAUAUGUUGGUAAAACAGAAAAACAUUCAUAGUCGUAAUUACAGAAAUAUAUACUUUACUGUAAUAAUUUGUACAAUAUUAUAUGAUUAUAAAAAUAAAGUAUACCAACAUUGUAUUACAA